UGACAAACAACACCUGGAAAGCGCCUCUAAGUUCACUGUGGUGUGUAUAAUUAAAGGGGGUGACCAGCAAUCCUGAACCCAGCAGCGACCAAGAGCGUCUCCUCUAUAUUGAACCAACUCGAUAUGGCGCAUUUCAUCGCCGUCUCAAAGAGGCCUUCCUCGAUCCUGCCAUUCCUUCUACCGUCUUGGUCUGAGUCAACAGUGUCUAUACAGCAACGCAAUCAAUCCUCCUAUCGGCGAACCACGCAGCGGCUGCGUCUUAAGCCAGAUUCGUCUUUUGGGCUUUCCACGGAUCAAAUCUACGACCAUAUUAUUCACAAUCCGCCGUCAAGCGCUCCUUCCGUAUAUCAUACGCCAACCAAGUUCCUUCCCCCUGGAGAUGUUCGAAGCACGUUACGCGCUGGAACGAGUGUGCCGAAUAGCGAAGCGCUACCUACGUUGUUCAAGUCGGACACUACCAAAAAGUAUCAUCUGAAACAAUCGGAUAUUGAGGAGAUCCGCCGUCUCCGACUCAGUGACCCGAUGUCAUGGAGCCGAUGGAAGCUGGCUAAGCGGUUCGAGUGUUCUCCGCUCUUCAUCGCCAUGGUAUGCGAAGCUAGUCCGGAGAAGAAGGAGAUCCAGAAAAAAGUCCUCGAAGCAGUGCAGUCAAGAUGGGGCAUUAAGCGACGGAUCGCUAGGGAAGACAGGCAGUUACGGAAGGAAACAUGGGGAAGAGAAUAAUUUUUCCGCAGUGAGACAACUGCAAAGCCACAAACCCACCCUGGUUAAUUGUGUCUUUGAAAACGCUUGGCUCCUCAACCGCGUGUCUGUGAUUCUUAGGUGGUCGCAGUGUCUUUCCGAAGUCUACCCUCUAGCUGCAAUGAGGGUUGCUGUUCAUAGUAAUUGGUGCAUAUCAGAAUCAUGUCUAGUUAUAUAGCAACUAGCUACCUAGGGAGAGCCUUAUCAGCAAUGUAAAGUAUUUUUCUAUUCACC